GACUGCACGGAGCAAAGCCCGAGGAUAAGUAGUCUGAGUUGAUCCCUCUUGGAGCUCCUCACAGCCUGUCUGAAUGCUGGUCAGAAUGAGCAAAAGGCACAUCAGCUUGGGUCAGCAAACAUGGGCCCUUCUCUUCAAGAACUUUCUUAAAAAAUGGAGGAUGAAAAGAGAAACCUUGUUGGAAUGGUUUUUCUCAUUUCUUCUAGUAUUGUUUGCAUACCAACUUUCCUCCAAUUUACAUCAAGUUAAUGACUCUCCUCAAUUGCCUGCAAUGGAUCUGGGACGUGUCGAUCAUUUUAAUGACUCUAAUUAUGUGAUUGCAUUUGCACCUGAAUCCAAAACAACCCAGGAUAUCAUGAACAAAGUGGCUUCAGCCCCAUUCAUGAAAGGAAGAACAAUCACAGGGUGGCCGGAUGAGAAAAGCAUGGAAGAAUUGGAUUUAAACUACUCUAUAGAUGCAGUGAGAGUCAUCUUUAAUGAUACCUUCUCAUAUCAUUUGAAAUUUUCCUGGGGAAGUAGAAUCCCCAAGAUGAAAGAACACAGAGACCAUUCAGCCCACUGUCAAGUAAUGGAAGGAAAAACCACAUGUGAAGGCUCAGUGUUCUGGGAGAAAGGCUUUGUAGCAUUUCAGGCCGCCAUUAACGCUGCUAUCAUAGAAAUCACAACAAAUCACUCAGUGAUGGAAGAGCUGAUGGCAGUUACUGGUAUAAAUAUGAAGAUAUUACCUUUUGUUGCCCAAGCAGGGGUUGCGACUGAUUUUUUCAUAUUCUUCUGCAUUAUUUCUUUUUCUGCAUUCAUUUAUUAUAUAUCAGUCAAUGUUACACAAGAAAGGCAAUACAUUAAGUCGUGGAUGACAGUGAUGGGUCUUCGAGAGUCAGCAUUCUGGCUUUGCUGGGGUCUGAUGUGUGCUGGUUUCAUCUUCAUUGUGGCCACUUUGAUGGCUCUUAUUAUAACAUCUGCCCAAGUUCUUGUCCAAACUGGCUUCAUGGUGGUCUUUACCCUCUUUCUCCUCUAUGGACUGUCUUUGAUAACUUUAGCUUUCCUGAUGAGCGUGUUGAUAAAGAAACCUUUCCUUACUGGUUUGGUUGUCUUUCUCCUCACUGUCUUUUGGGGGAGUCUGGGAUUCACUGCAUUGUACAGGGAUCUUCCUGCAUUUUUGGAAUGGACCUUAUGUCUUCUUAGUCCUUUUGCUUUCACUGCUGGAAUGGCCCAGCUUAUACAUUGGGACUAUGAUGUGAAAUCUAACAUCCAUUUGGAUUCUUCAGACAACCCGUACCUAAUAAUAGCGACUCUAUUCAUGUUGAUUUUUGAUGCUCUUCUCUACUUGGCAUUGACAUUAUAUUUUGACAAAAUUUUGCCCAAUGAUUAUGGACGUCAACAUUCUCCUUGGUUUUUCCUGAAAUCCUCAUUUUGGUUUCUACACCAACGGGCUGAUCAUGUGGCCCUUGAGAAUGAACCAGAGUCAGAUUCUUCACCUAAUGACUCUUUUGAGCCAGUGUCUCCAGAAUUACAUGGAAAAGAAGCCAUCAGAAUAAGAAAUCUUAAAAAAAUAUAUAGAAAAGGAAAUAAAGAAAAAGUAGAGGCCUUGAAAGGUCUGGUAUUUGACAUAUAUGAAGGCCAGAUCACUGCCCUCCUUGGUCACAGUGGAGCCGGAAAAACGACCCUGCUAAAUAUGCUCAGUGGACUGUCAGCCCCAACAUCAGGCUCAGUCACCAUCUAUAAUCACAGGCUUCCAGAAACAGCAGGCUCGGAGACCAUCAGCGAGCUCACUGGAGUCUGUCCACAAACCAAUGUGCAAUUUGGCUUCCUCACUGUGAGAGAAAAUCUUAGGCUUUUUGCUAAAAUAAAAGGGAUUCAGCAACAUGAAGUGGAACAAGAGGUACAACAAGUUUUAAGGGACUUGGAGAUGGAAAAUAUUCAAGACAUUCUUGCUCAAAACUUAAGUGGUGGACAAAAAAGGAAACUCACUUUUGGGAUUGCCAUUUUAGGAAACCCUCAGGUUUUGCUCUUGGACGAGCCAACAGCUGGAUCAGAUCCUCUUUCAAGGCACCACGUAUGGAACCUUUUAAAAGAGAGGAAAUCUGAUAGAGUCAUUGUCUUCAGUACCCAGUUUAUGGAUGAGGCUGACAUCCUGGCUGAUAGGAAGGUAUUUAUAUCCAACGGGAGGCUGAAGUGUGCAGGCUCUUCUGUCUUCCUGAAGAAAAAGUGGGGCAUCGGCUACCAUUUAAGUUUGCAUCUGAAUGAAAUGUGCGAUCCAGACAGUAUAACAUCACUUGUUAAACAGCACAUCCCUGAUGCCAAAUUAACAGCACAAAGUGAAGAAAAGCUUGUAUAUGUUUUGCCCUUGGAAAGGAUAAACAAAUUUCCAGAUCUUUACAGGGAUCUUGAUAGAUGCUCUAACCAGGGCAUUGAGAAUUACGGUGUUUCCAUGACAACGUUGAAUGAGGUAUUCUUGAAAUUAGAAGGGAAAUCGGCUAUUGGUGAAUCAGAUACUGGAAUUGAGGGAGAGUUACAAAGUCCUAGGACCAAAGACACAGGAAGCCUUGUUGAGUUAGCGCAAGUUUUGUCUUCCUUCAACGAAACAGAGAAAUUAGUUAAUGGCCUGGCUCUCUGGAGGCAGCAGCUCUGUGCAAUAGCAAAAGUCCGCUUCCUAAAGUUAAAGGGUGAAAAAAAACCGCUGUUGACCAUAUUACUGCUUUUUGGCAUUAGCUUUUGCCCUCAGCUUUUGGAACAUGUGUUCUAUGAGUUAUAUCAAAAAAGUUAUUCUUGGGGACUGACUCCUGACAUGUACUUCCUCUCCCCGGGACAGCCACCUCAAGUUCCUCUGACGCCCUUACUGGUCAUCAAUAAAACAGGGUCAAGCAUUGAUAACUUGAUACAGUCACUGAAGCGACAGAACAUAGCUUUGGAAGUAGAUGCCUUUGGAACUAGAAAUGGCCCAAAUGAGCCAUCGUACAAUGGUGCUAUCACUGUGUCAGGUGAUAACAAGAAUCACAGAUUCUCAAUAGCAUGCAACACCAAAUGGCUGAAUUGCUUUCCUGUCCUCAUGGACAUCAUCAGCAAUGGGCUCCUUGGAAUUUUUAAUUCUUCAGAACGUAUUUGGACGGACAGAAGCACAUAUUUUGAAGAGCACGUGUCCUAUGACCACGAGUACCUGGGUAACGCCUUCUUCUGGAUCCCUGUGGCAGCCUGUUUCACCCCGUAUAUUGCAAUGAGCAGCAUCAGCGACUAUAAAAAAAAAGCUCACUCCCAGCUCCGGAUUUCAGGCCUCUACCCUUCUGCUUACUGGUUUGGCCAGGCACUGGUGGAUAUUUCACUCUAUUUCUUGAUCCUCCUUCUCAUGCAGACAAUGGAUUACGUGUUUAGCCCAGAUGAGAUAAUAUUUAUAAUUCAAAACCUGUUAGUUCAGAUCUUGUGUAGUAUUGGAUAUGUCUCUUCCCUGGUUUUCCUGACAUAUGUGAUUUCGUUCAUUUUUCGCAAUGGGAGAAAAAAUAGUAGUAUCUGGUCAUUUUUCUUCUUAAUUAUCACCAUCUUCUCGAUAGUUGCUACGGAUCUAAAUGAAUAUGGAUUUCUAGGGCUAUUUCUCUGCACCAUAUUAAUACCACCUUUCACACUGAUUGGCUCUCUAUUCAUUUUCUUCGAGAUUUCUCAUGACUCUGUGGAUUAUUUAGGAGCUUCAGAAGAUCAGAUUGUGUUUCUGGCACUGCUAAUACCUUACCUUCACUUUUGCCUUUUUGUUUUUGUUCUCCGGUGCCUGGAAAUGAAGUUCAGAAAGAAAUUAAUGAGAAAAGAUCCCGUGUUCAGAAUUGCUCCAAGAGGCAGUGAUAUUUUUCCAAACCCCGAAGAGCCUGAAGGGGAGGAUGAAGAUGUUCAGAUGGAAAGAAGGAGAACCACAAAUGCAGUGACGGUCAUGGACGUUGAAGAGAAGCCAGUCAUCAGUGCGAGCUGUCUGCGGAAGGAGUACGCAGGCCAGAAGAGAAACUGUUUUGCCAAGAGGAAGAAAAAAGUGGCCAUAAGAAACGUCUCCUUCUGUGUUAAAAAAGGUGAAGUCCUAGGGUUCUUAGGACACAGUGGAGCUGGUAAAAGUACAACUAUUAAGAUGAUAACUGGAGAUACAAAUCCAACCUCAGGGCAGGUGGUGCUGAAAGGGAGCGGUGAAGGGGCCUCCUUUGGGUUCCUGGGGUACUGUCCUCAGGAGAACGUGCUCUGGACCACCCUGUCAGUGAGGGAACACCUGGAGGUGUUUGCCGCCAUCAAAGGGCUGAAGAAGGGGGAUGCCACAGUCGCCAUCACACGGUUGGUGGAUGCGCUCAAGCUGCAGGACCAGCUGAAGCUGCCCGUGAAAACCUUGUCUGAGGGAAUAAAGCGGAAGCUGUGCUUUGCGCUGAGCAUCCUGGGAAACCCAUCGGUGGUGCUUCUGGAUGAGCCGUCCACAGGGAUGGACCCCGAGGGGCAGCAGCACAUGUGGCAGGCGAUCCGGGCCACCUUUAGGAACACGGAGAGGGGCGCCCUCCUGACCACUCAUCACAUGGCAGAAGCGGAGGCUGUGUGUGACCGCGUGGCCAUCAUGGUGUCUGGAAGACUGAGAUGUAUUGAUUCCAUACAACAUCUGAAAAGCAAAUUUGGCAAAGAUUAUCUGCUGGAGAUGAAGGUGAAGACCCCCACCCAAUUGAAGCGCCUCCACUGUGAAAUUCUGAGGCUUUUCCCCCAGGCUGCUCGGCAGGAAAGGUAAACACAGCUCUUGGUAAAACUCUACAAAUAAAAAGUAUAUGACCUCCUAACGUACACCCAUCCUUCCACAGUGAAACAGAGCUUCGAUCUGGAGGAGUACAGCCUCUUGCAGUCCACUCUGGAGCAGGUUUUCCUGGAGCUCUCCAAGGAGCAGGAGCUGGAUGACUUUGAUGAAGAACUUGACCCCUCAGUGAGAUGGAAACUCCUCCCACAGGAAGACCCUUGACGCGCCAAAUACCUUAUGUUUCUCUUUAAGCUUAUGCCUCUUUCUAAAGAUAAUAUUUUAUAUCAUUAAUAUAUCUUAUCUCAGACAUGAUACAAAAUGCUUUUGAAACUCAUGCCACCAUUUUUCUCAAUAACAUUACAUAUAGCGGGACAAAGAGCAAAGUCAGUGAGAACAAUUGUGAAACCAGACCACUUGGCUUCUAUACCAGCAUCUAAAUCCCACAUUUCAAAGAGUAGUAAAUUAAAAAUGCAUUUAUUAUAGAAUGUUUGAGUUUCUGAGGAUGAUACAGAGAUAGUUUUAUUUUCUGUCUUCAGACAUCAAAAUAUUGGAUAUGUUCUUAUACUUUUGAAUACAAUAAAUAAGUACAAAGUAAGACCUAAUUCUGAUUUGGGGGGAAAGUGAUUAUUCAGUAGCACAGUAUUGGCUUUUCUAAAAAUAUUUUUAUUUGAAUUCCAGUUAGUUAACAGUGUAAUAUCAGUUUCAGGGGUGCAAUAUAGUGAUUCAACACUUCUGUACAACACCCGGUAUUUAUCACAAGUAUUUGCUUUUGGUAAUUCAGUUUGUUUCUUUUUGUUGCCGCUGUUCAUUUUUAAUACAUACAUUUUCCUUUUCUGUCAUUUUUCAGAUCUUAUAUUGCACAGUUUAUAUUUCGUCUGUUGUGACUAAGGAAAUUUGAAAGCUUAAUAGCUUAAUUGCUUAAUAGCAAUUUCAGUAAGAAUUUCAAUAAUCAAGUUGAUGACAGUUUAAAAAUUAUAUAUCUUACAUUCAAUUUUGAAACAUACUUCUGAUUUUAUAUGUUUUCUUAUGAUGAAAGGGUCUACCCUCAUGCAGAUCUUAAUUUCUCAUGUUGAAUGUGUUAUGACCUCUCCAACUGGUGACCCUGUAGACACCGUAGAAUCGAUGCAAUAUACUUGUAUACUCUUA